ACAAAGCAAAAGAAGUAUACAACAAUAAUGCAAAAAUUAGUAAAGAAAAGGCUAGUGACAGUGAGUCAGUGGUAACAGUAAACAGCUUCCAAAGUGAACAUGAAGAGUGGAGAAAAAUGACAAAAUUGGAAAAAUAUAAAGCCUAG